UGGUCAUUUGUGUGUGUAUAUAUAUAUGAAUGAACCAACAACACAAAUUCUCAUAAACCUUUUACCACAUUCAAUAAUCAAGUCACAAUAUGGCAAACCCAAACAACGAUCCAAAUACAACCACAACCCAAACAACCAGCUCAUGGUGUACGAUACUCACCACAGCCAUCGGUGCGGUCAUAUUGGCUUUAAUCGUGAUCCAGAUCAAUAGCUUUGAUGCAGCUCCUUAUCCUCCAGAAGAGCUAGCCAAGGCACCAAGUUUUAAAUUUCCAAAAGUGAACGCACAUACGCUUCAUGGGUCUGAAAUAAUAGGUGAGGGUCAGUUGAUGCAACCGGAAGACAUCUUGUAUGACCCAAAGUUAGAUGUUAUACACACGGGGUGUGCUGAUGGGUGGGUUAAACGAAUCAGGGUGAAUGACUCGGUUAUUGAGAAUUGGGUGAACACCGGUGGUCGGCCUCUUGGACUCGCUCAUGGUUACUCUGACGAGAUUUAUGUUGCUGAUGAUGUAAAGGGAAUACUUAAAAUAACGAAAGAUGGUGAAAUAGAAGUAUUGUCAACCGAGGCAGAAGGCAUAAAAUAUGGAAUGGCAGAUUCUGUUACAGUCUCAAAGAAAGGUGUAUUGUACUUCACAGAUGCCUCAAUGAAAUACAGUAUGCAAACUUAUGUAUACGACUUCUUGGAAGGCCGGCCAUAUGGUAGACUAAUGAGUUACGAUUUAUCCACUAAAGAGACCAAAGUACUUCUUCGAGAUCUCUACUUUCCUAAUGGCGCGAUAAUAUCCCAUGAUGAAGAAUUUAUUAUCUACUGUGAAUCCCCAAUGAUGAGAUGCAUGAGAUACUACAUACAAGGAGAAAAGGAGGGUACAAUAGAUGUAUUUAUCGAUAGAUUACCUGGUAUGCCUGACAACAUUCAUACCGACGACUUGGGGCGUUACUCGAUUGCUAUUCCCAAGGAGCAUACAUACGCAUGGGAUAUCAUACGUAGAUAUCCAUAUAUCCGUAAAGUUUAUGCAUUCUUGCAAAAGUACUUCAACAUGCCUUUUGUAAAGAAAAACGGAGGGACAAUUUUUGUGGAUAAGGAGGGGAAGCCACUUGAGAGAUUCUACGACCCGGGGUUAAAACAUGUAUCAACAGGGAAACUAAUGAAGAAGAAACUAUAUCUUGGGACUUUGUACGCGACUGCCAUUUUUCGCCUCGACCUUGCUCAAUAUCCUGCAACUGCAACCUCCCCAUAAAAGCUAUAUAUAAACACUGGUGUUAUUUUGUGAUUCUCUCUCUCUCUCUCUCUCUCUAUAUAUAUAUAUAUAUAUGUAUCAAAGCCUUAUUGUGGCUAUUGUAAUGGAUUUUAUCAUAUUUGUCAGCUCCAUGUCCACUUACGUUAUACAUUUAUCAAAA